AUGGAUCCUGAUACUGGAACCGAAGGGUCGAAUGCUGCGGAAGCAUGGGUCACAAACAUAGAUGUGUUAUACACUACUCUCGGCUGUACAAACGAGCAGAAAGUUCAGUACCUUGCACUGCAGCUGACGGGUGAAGCUGGGAGAUGGUGGAAUGCGAGGAAGGUGCUACUUGGGGAAGGAACGGUGAUCACUUGGGAGAUGUUCAAAGUAGAGUACAACCGGCUCUUUUUCCCUAAAUCCCAAAGGCAACUUCGAGCAAUAGAAUUCCAAAAUCUUGUUCAGGGUGACAUGAAUGUAGAACAAUAUUCCACUAGAUUUAUGGAGCUAGCCAGGUUCGCGGCCAACCUCAUUCCUGAUGAAGAAACGAUGGCAGAACGAUUUGAGAAUGGCCUCAACCCUCGUAUCAGGGAGAGGGUAAUUUGUUUGGAAAUAAAGGACUAUGCAAGAUUGGUGGAAGUUGCAUCACUGGCUAAAAGAGGAAUACGAGAAUCAGCAGCGGCAUUUGAAUUGAAGAAACGUUCGAGGCAGCAGAUGACACACCCAGUCAAGAGGCAGGCUAUUUGA